AUGUCAGAUAUCAAGAAAGCGCCGGUACCUUCAGAACCUCCUCCAUCCUACGAAGCCACACCACAGAAUCCUGCCUCUCCCACCCCCCCUAAACCAAGUGUAUUACGCCCUCCUCCUUUAGACCUGCCUGCUCUAACCCUCCUCCGCCGCCGCCGUACAAUCCUAGCUUCAGCAUCACCGCGGCGGAAACAGCUCCUUGCAACCAUAGGACUAACCAACAUCGAGAUCAUCCCAUCGUCUUUCGAAGAGAAUCUACCAAAGUCCGCAUCUCCAUUCGAAUAUGUCCUCGCAACGGCCACAGAGAAGGCGCUCGCAGUCUACAAGCAAGAGAUCGACAAUGAAUCUAAGGGUGAACCAGCGAUGAUUAUAGCCGCAGAUACAAUCGUCGUGAGUAAUUCAGGACAGAUUCUAGAGAAGCCACGGAGCGAGGCGCAACAUAUAGCCAUGUUGAAGUGUUUGCGAGAUACGGGGGUCCACCGUGUCUAUACGGCUGUGGCGUGCAUGGCUCCGUUAGAGAGUGCACGAGAUCCUGGUUAUGCGAUGGAAACGGCGGUAGAGGAGACGGCUGUGAAAUUUGACUCUACUGUGACCGACGAAUUACUGUUGGCAUAUGUAAAGACCAGGGAAGGGGCUGAUAAGGCUGGCGGUUAUGGAAUUCAGGGUACAGGUGGUAUACUGGUGGAGAAAAUCGAUGGCAGCUUCGAUAAUGUUGUGGGUUUGCCAAUAAGGGUAGUAUUGAAGCUGAUCGAAAGGGUAGUUGAAAAGAGCGAGGACGGUGAUAUUCUGGAGCACGAUUUGCUGGGGGAUGAGGAAGAAGAGGAAGAAUGA